UUACACUACCCAUAUAUAACCCCCCAAAGAUCCAGCGCUCUCAAUCAUAACGACUCUGACCACAUCAUAAUGAUCGGCUCUCUGUGUUUCUUCGCACUGCUGAGCUCUGCGAUGGCCUGGGGGCGCGUGGGCCAGUUGAGCGAGGGGAGGAAUGAGACAGGUGGAGGUGGAGGUGGAACCGGGGACAGGUGCACUUGUGAUGCCUUCCUGCCCAGUUCCACCUUUCCUAUCGCAGACCUGGUGGAGGUGGAGCAGACGGCUGUGGAGAUCUCCCAAGAACUGGAGCUGGAGAUGGGAAAGCUAGAAGAGUAUGAGACCAAGCUGACGUCUUAUGCAGAAAAGAUAAUAAAGCUGACAGUCGAGAUUGAAAAAAUGGAGAAGAACCCCGAUGAUUACAGCGAGGCCGACACAAGUGAGAUAAAGGUGGAGAUCAAACAAGUGGAGGCUCUGAUUAAUGAGCUGCAGCUCUCCAUCAACGUCUCCACAACUGUCUUCGAGUCUCUGCGUGUACAGAUCACAGUAAUGGUGGAGACCCUGAACAGGCUGGAGAAGACCUACGACAGGAAUCUGGUCCUGGUGACCCGUCGGGAGUACAUCAAGGUGCAGCUGCAGUUAGAGGAGUGCGAGCGACGCCACCAGGAGCUUUUCCACCCCAACAUUGGGUCUUGUGCACACACAGGUAUAGCCAGGCUUGGCAAGCCCCUCAUAAGCCAUCUGAAUGCCGAUCUUAGUACUGGCCAAAUAUACGGAGGUUGGGGGAAAGACUCAAAGCCCAUUCCUGACAGAAAAUCUAUGUACUGGUACUCUGGGUACACUAGUCCCUCCAUGAUUGACAUUAAGUUCUACACUAACUACAAGAACCUCAUUUUGAGAGCCCACUUCAAUCAUCAGCGCUUACACAGUAGCUGGUAUGGCACAGGGAACAAUUUCAUCUUCCGUGACAACACUCUGUACUAUCAGAACAAGAGCCCGUUUGGGUUGGCCAAACUGAAUUUCACCACCUCACAGUAUGAGUCCAGGGUGAUUCCGAAGGCUAGCUCCAGAUUCUCCUAUUCGAACUCAGCCAAUCAGAACUUUGACUUUGCCGCUGAUGAAACUGGCCUGUGGGUGACCUACGCUUCAGAGGAGUCCAGUGGUCGGAUGAUCCUGGCCAAAAUAGACGAGCCUUCCUUUGGGGUUGAAGAGGAAUGGCAGACUAGCGUCUAUAAACCGGGAGUGAGCAAUGCCUUCAUGGUGUGUGGCGUUCUUUAUGUGCUCAGAUCAGUUGACAUCCACACUGAAGAGAUAUUUUACAAGUUUGACACCAAAACCAGACAAGAGAGCUACAUCAGUAUACAAUUUGAGAGGUUUCGGGAAAAGUAUUCCAACCUGGACUACAAUCCCACCGACCAGAAGCUCUACAUGUACAAUGAUGGCUACUAUGUGACCUACCAUCUGUGGUUCAACCACACAGCUGAAGCCACUGUGGAACCACCACUUGUCCUGAGCUAAAUCAUUCAAUCAUCUCUUUCACUGCAUCUUGCAUGUAGCUUCCUUCUUUCUAAUAAAUGAUCUCAAGCAUUA